AAUCAGAGUUGAAGAAUCGGCAGAGCUCCUGUCCAAACAGGAAGGGGAGGGAGUCUGGUGUGUGUACAGUGCGUCCGCCAGGCUGGCGAGUAUAUAAGGCAGGGCUGGCCUAACAAAGGAUUAGUAUUUUGUAAGUGAUUAGUCCGGGUUUGUUAGGUAGAACCUGCGAACAAGUUAAGGCCACAUUGUUCCCCCCCCCCCCCCGCAAACAUACGCAUGCUUGCUCGCACCUGUUUAUCUCCCGAGGCAAAGCCAUAGCCCCUUCAAAUCUCAUCUGAGCAGUAGCCAUGGUGAAGAGCGUGGGGAAUCUGUCAGAAUUUGAGGCAGAACUGAAAUCUGCUGGUGAAAAGCUUGUAGUAGUUGAUUUUUCUGCCACUUGGUGUGGACCAUGCAAAACAAUCAAGCCCUUUUUUCACAGUUUGUGUGAGAAGUUUGGUGAAGUAGUGUUCAUUGAAAUUGAUGUGAAUGAUGCUCAGGAUGUUGCUAUGCACUGUGAUGUCAAGUGUAUGCCAACAUUCCAGUUCUACAAGAAUGGAAAGAAGGUGCAAGAAUUUUCUGGGGCCAACAGAGAGAAGCUGGAAGAGACCAUUGAAAGUCUAGUCUAGUCCCAUCUCCAGCCAUGGGCCAUUUGGAGCACGACUGCUAUGCUUAGGCUAAAUCAGUCCAACUCUUCUACUUAAAUCUAAUCAAGCUAGCUAGAACAUGUCAUGGAAAUUGUCUUCUUGGUCUACGUAAAUGAGUACAAUAAAAUGUGAAUUCUUCA